AUUGCGGUGGAGGUGAAGUAACACGGCAGAGUUGGAUGUGCACGUCAUGCCCCACGGGCCAACCCCAUUCGAGCUCGGCCGCAGCCCUCGGCAGCUCCCACGCAACGACCGCAAGCUCCCACGACGACACCCGCCCAGCAUGCCGCCAAAUCGCAUCGAACAGGACGAAAUCGAAAAGUACUGGGAGAUCUUCAGCUCGCUCAGCAAUGGCGGGACGCACCUCGACGGCGGGCAGGCCGCGCCCGUGCUCAAGAACUCGCACCUGCGCGACGACCAGCUGGAGCGCGUGUGGGACUUGGCCGACGUGGACGGCGACGGUAAGCUCGACUUUGAGGAGUUCUGCGUCGCCAUGAGGCUCAUCUUCGACCUCAUCAACGGCCUCAGCUCCGACGUCCCGCAGGCGCUGCCCGACUGGCUCGUGCCGGAGAGCAAGGCGCAUCUCGUGCAGGCCACGCGCGCGUUGGCGGGCGGGCAGCAGUUCGAGCCCGUCGACGACGAUGAUGACGACGGCACGCCGGGCCUGCGCGACGGGUUCGACUGGUACAUGGCGCCGGCCGACAAGGCCAAGUACGAGGAGAUCUACACGGCGAACCGCGACGGGCACGGCAACAUUUCCUUCGAAGCGCUGGCGGGCCUGUUCGACUCGCUCGACGGCGUGCCGGACAGCGAUGUGCGCUUCGCAUGGAACCUGGUGAACCCCACGGCGCGCGAGACAGUGGCCAAGGACGCCGCCCUCGCGUUCCUGCACAUCCUCAACCAGCGCUCCGAGGGGUUCCGCGUGCCGCGCUCCGUGCCGCCGAGCCUGCGUGCGUCGUUCGAAAAAUCUCACAUCGACUACGACGUCAGCAAGCCGCAGAGCCGCUGGGCCACCGACGCCGCCCCCGCCGACUCGGCCACGGGCCGCAAGCAGAAAUUCGGCGACGCCUACCUGACGCGGCUGGGCGUCGGCGACCGCGCGAACAGCUACGGGGCGCGCGCCCGCGGGACCGACUUCGGCGGCCGCACCACUGAGGACUGGGAGGAGGUGCGGCUGAAGAAGCAGCUGAAGGAGCUGGAGGCCAAGAUGGCGCUUGUCGAAGCUGACGCGCAGAGCCGGCGGCACGGGCGUAGCAAGGACAGCACACCCGCCCUGGUCAAGCGCGAACUGGAGUCGCUGCUGGACUACAAGCGGACGCAGCUAAAGGAUCUGGACAACGACGAGGGCGGCGCCGUGAAGGGGCUGUCUGGGAUCAGGGACGAGAUCGACACGGUCAAGGAGCAGGUUGAGGGGCUAGAGGGCCAUUUGCAGAGGCGGCGAGACGUGCUGGAGGAUCUGAGGCGGCAGGUUGAGGACGAGAAGGCGAGGUAGCUGCAUGUGCCGACUGCAGAGCUAGCUUGCCGGUAUGUGUGCUCUUGCUAGUGUCACAUGCCCUCUUCUAUAGCAUUCAAAUCAAAUCACUCGUACAUCGCAG